AUGAUUAAUGAGGCACAUGCGCUGAUGGUCAUUGUCCCUAAAGAUGUAGAUAUUACACAAAUUGAAGACACCCUCCAAUCUGUUAAAUGUCUGGGGCGAGUGCGUGUGAGAGGACGCAUGUACAACAGCAAAAUGGACAGUUUGACUGUUUUAUGUGAAUGCAAAGAAGUUGUAGACCUUUCUAAAGUCCCUCCUGACAUACUUCCCACAGGCGGAAUGGUAACCUGGCCGAUUGUCAUGGUGACACGAAGUCCAGUUUCACCAAGUGCUCCCUCUAGUGCAAAGCAGAAUGAUUCAUCUACCGCUGUGGAUGAUAGCAAUGUUCAGGAAUUGGUGGGCGCACAUGAUGGCUCGGCUGAGUCCAUUAUUCGUGCCAUGGGGGAUCUGCUAUCUAAAAUAGAAAAACCAGUGAGCGAUAGCAGCAGUUAUCGCCGCCUCCAUGUUUUUUCUGGGACUGUGCCAACUCCUGCCGGAGAAGAGCCUUUAGAACAUUGGCUAGAGCAAGCUCGUUUUAUGGUAGAAGAAAGCGAUUGCUCAGACAAAGAAAGAAGACGUCGGAUUAUGGAGAGUUUACGAGGUCCAGCCUUGGCAAUAAUAAAAGCUGCUCGUGUAACCACUGCUGAUCUCAAGCCAGAACAAUGUUUAGAGGCCAUUGAAAGUGCCUUUGGUUCUGCUGAAUCAGGGGAAGAGCUGUAUAUUGCUUUUCGGUUGAUGCAGCAACAGCCCAGUGAAAAACUGUCAGACUUUUUUAAAAGAUUGGAACAAGCUUUGACCAAAGUCAUACAGCGAGGUGGUCUGUCGGUUGCUGCUGCAAACCGUGUAAGAGUGGAACAGUUACUUCGAGGAGCAGUUGCUGCUGAUCUUAUGUUAGUUAAUCACAAGCUGAGGGAAAGGAAGGAAAAUCCUCCAUCAUUUUUGGAGCUGUUGAGUGAGAUUCGCAGUGAGGAAGAAUACGAGGCGUCUAGGGCUAAGCUAAACUCCACUGUGCAUAAGAUCCAGGCUAAAGCAGAGGUAGACAAUAAGCAGACAGAAAUUCAGAAUUUAAAAACUGAGUUGAAGGAACUGAAAGCCAUGUUCGCGUCUAUGGCAGCCACCCCUCAUGGAGCUGUGAAAUAA